AGCACAUUUCCUCUGUACAUCCCAAUCAACGUGGAAUUGAGCGCACGUGUAGGAGUACCAGGCUCCUCCCUGUCCACGCCCCCAUUUAAAUAUGCUAAUUUUUUUAAAUAGGCCCCGCAGGUGAGAUUCCCCUUUCUGCGCGAUCAGAUAAGACAAAAACGAUGAGUAAGACCGGGAAGAAAAGAAAUUUCACGGAAUGUGAGAUGGAGACGCUCCUCAGUGAGGUAGAGGCGAGGAAGAGAGUCCUUUCUGGCACGCUGUCCUCGGGCAUAACAAGGAAACGCAAGAGGAGUGAGUGGGACAGUGUGUGUGAUGCAGUCAAUGCUGUGGGGUCGGAGCAGCGGACACACGCAGAACUAAAAAAAAAGUGGUCAGACAUCAAGGUGGAGGUGAAGCGGAGGACGGCUGCCCACCGCCAAAGUGUGGCCAAAACAGGCGGGGGCAAAGGAGAGGACGAUCUCACCCCUUUUCAGCAGAGGGUCGCCGCAAUUGUUGGUGACACUGCUCUCACAGGGGUGGUGGGAGCACAUGCGGGUGACUCCGAUUACCCCCAAGACGAUGAGAUAGGAGGGGACACGCGGUCUCAGCCUCGUGUCACAGACUCGGGGGAUUCCCCCGGCGUCUCCGGCGUCAUGGGGUCCCCCAGUGCGGCGCCACCGGCGGCUGCUGAUGUCCGCCCGACCGGCGACCGGCCGUGUCCUCACCCGUGCUGUGCUGGAGUCACAAGAGGAAAUCGUGAGAGCAAUCGGCGGAAUCAAUGAUCGCCUGGACCAACUGAUUGGCGUACUUACAGACAUUAGUAAAGCAUUAAAUGUAUUGGUCAAUAAGUGAAUUCUGUGUCCUUGCCUCUUUAUAUGGUUGAAAGCACAUGUUGCCGGUGGUUUUCCAUUCUCCUCUUCAGUUUGUCAUCAGUUGUCCUCUUGUGUCCAUGUCCAGAGGUUGUCUACAGUCCAGUGGAGCCUAAACUUCUGAAUGAAAUGUCCAACUGUAGUCACAGGAGCAACCAGCUGCUUGGAGAUGGUCUUCUAGCCUUUACCUUUAACACGCUGGUCUAGAAUGUUCUUUCUGAUUUCCUCAGACAACUGUUUCCUUUACUGUCUCUGGUCCAUGUUCAGAGAGGUGAACACAAUGAUACCCAA